ACCGGAUUCCUCGCAAACCUUGGGGCACGAGGCCAGCGACAUUGCGGCAUGCGUCGCCGCUUUCACCACUCCACCAGCAGCUAUGCAUCGUCCGAGAGUGAAUUUACGCAGCGGCAAGGCCGCCAAUGCCGCAGUCGUACAUCUGAAACAAGCUCUCGACGUGUUCAACAAUGUUGCCGGUAAUGUCGGCGUGCCAGGAUUGCAGGCAGGUGUGGGAGUCCUGUCGGCUGUGUUGGGGAUGAUCCAGAAAUCGCAUGCGAACACAGAAAGUAUCAAGGAAAUGGCUGCUAGGGUCGAAGAACUGACAAGGAUGGUGCAAGAGAGUGCGGAACUGCAAGGCGAGAACAUAUCUGCUUCAAUGCAGGCCAGAAUAAAUCAAUUACUGGAGUCAUGGAACGCAAUUAAUGUCGAAGCUCAAAGUCUUAAGUCCCGGCAUAAAUUCUGGAGAAUACUGGGAAGCGACGGGGAAGGGGAGAAGGUCACAGGUUUAGUGCAAAGGGUAUCUAUGUCAAUCGAUGCUUUUACGGCCGUUGGUGUGAUUGCGAUCGAGGCUGGUUUGAAUAGAGCAGAGAGGAGGAUAGACGUCAUCCCCGAUGUGACUGUUCAACGCUUGCUAACUCACUUGGAAGGCAGCUUUGUACCGCCUCAUGCGGCCCGGGCGCAAUUCGACGGUUAUCCAGAACGCAAUGCUUGUCUUGGCGGGACACGUACCGAUAUCCUGGAAACCAUCUCCACCUGGGCAGCCGGUCGACUUGGGCAAGCGCCUGGCGAAACAGCCAAUUCUGCCGGAAGCUCCACCCACCAGCAACCCAACAUCCUCUGGCUUGAUGGUGUGCCCGGCACCGGCAAGACAACCAUAUCGUAUACCAUUGCAAAGCAGUGCCAUGACCGCGGCAUCCUAGGUGCAAGCUUCUUCUGUUCUCGAUUUGAUGCCGACUGCAGCAAACCCUCCAUGAUCUUCACUACCAUCGCUCACCGCCUAGGACUGUUCUGUGAAGCUUACAAGGACCGAGUCACGAAGAUAAUCAAGAAAGAUCCCGAUCUCGUGGACUCUCAGGUCUCUCGCCAGUUCGAGGAGCUUAUAUUGCGGCCGCUGGAGCUCCUCCGCGACAGCUUCCCCCCAUGUGUUAUAGUGAUCGAUGCUCUCGACGAGUGUCAACAGCCACGGGUCACCUCUGAGAUCUUAUCGACUCUGCUCGACCAUGCACAGAAUCUCUCCCCGCUACGAUUCCUCGUCACUAGCCGGCCUGAACGGCACAUUACUGUCGUGUUUGACGCUCCCCGCUACCGCAAUGCUUUUCGCAAGAUACUCCUACACGCAGACGAAUUACAGCCCGUCACCACCACGGACAUCAAGCAGUAUCUCUCGGUGUCCCUCUCACAUAUCGGACUGUAUUUCGGCUUAGCAGAGCCCUGGCCCGACGGCGCCGAUAUCGAGGUACUCAGCAGGAUGACCGGCGGCCUGUUCAUCUGUGCUGCGACCGCCGCCAAAUUCAUUGAAGACCCUCACUUCAACGAUCCAAAUGGACAGCUGACCAAGCUUAUAACCGCCGCAAAUUCGCACGGCUCCCAUCAGCUGCUUGACCGACUAUACCUGGAGGUGCUCAAAACCGCCUUGGCUAACGUGUCGGCAGAUCUGUCCGAACGACUCCAGACCAUCCUUG